GAAUGCUGUCCUAUGUGUGCUAUAGGGUUUGUGGUUUGGGAAGACUGCAGUAGUGAUUCCAGUACAAUAUGUACCUCUUGUUCAAAAGGAACAUUUAUGAAUAAAACUAAUGGGAGCUUCAGCUGUUUUCAGUGUAAAACCUGUGAAAAUGGUAAAUAUCAUUCUUCCUGUUUGUAUUUAAUUCUUUUUUCAGUAAAUUUAAUUAACUAUUUUUGUAAUCUCAUGUUCUCCUUCUAGGAAUUUAUAUUUCACAAGACCGUACAACAAUAAAGAAUACAGUCUGUGGUAGAUUGAAUUAGUAAAUGGUAGCUACUUCCAAUAGCGCUUACAUUUUGUAUUUAAUACAGUUCCCUGAAAAUCUAAUAAUGUUGAAGUUUGGACAAAAAUGUGUUAAAACAUCAGAUGAAUCAAAAACAAUAAAUGAUACAUUACAAAAGGAAGUCAGAUGCCUUUUUCCUUAAAUAAUAAAAACAUUAAUUUUUAAUAAGACAUAAGGUUAAAGAUGUGCAGCACAGUGAGAUUUUAGCCACAGGACUUUGAACCACUGCUUCCUUACUAGAGGCCAAAAAAUGGAAUUUGCUCCUGUUUUGUUUGUGCCCAUAUUUAACAUUGAAAUUCUUUGCAUGCCAUACAGUGAUUGUUAAUGCCUUCUAUGAAUGUUAAUUUAUGAUCUUUGUAGUUUUUAUAAAUAAUGCUUCUUUUUAGAAAUUAAAAUUGCCCUAUAAGUCACUUAGUCCAGUCCACUAAGUCCAGUAUACCGGUAAAAAGGGUUAAACACAGAUGAAUAGUCUGUUUGUAAUGUUGUGUUUUAUUGUAGUGAAUUUGUAAUGUAUAAAACUUAUAGUUUUAUAUUUGAACCACAGACAAGCAAACAGAAAUAUAAUAUUCCCUUGAUCGUGACCCAGACAGAGAAAGCCAUCUCUCUUUUGAGAAAUAACACAACUAAAGAAGAAAAUGGAGGACUGCAGGAAGAUUUAAAGUCCUGUGACCACAGAGUUCACUGCACUGCUCCAAUGCUAUGGUUCGACAAAAUAAUGAAAUCCGCAUUUCUGACACGUUUGCACAUAUUGGGUAUCUGUGCUGCCCUCACGUUUGGAAGUAAAUGCGGACAAAGUGAAUAUCUAUCAGCAGCUGAAGAAUGCUGUCCUAUGUGUGCUAUAGGGUCAGUGGUUCUGAAAGACUGUCAUGGUGAUUACAGUACAACAUGCAAACCUUGCUCUAAAGGAACAUUUAUGAAUGAACCAAAUGGGCUACAUGCCUGUUUUCAGUGUAAAAUCUGUGAAAAUGGACUUUAUAUUUCACAAAACUGUACAACAAUAAAGGAUACAGUAUGUGGGGUGUUGGAUGGAUAUUAUUGUAUGCAUUAUUCAGAUGAAAGAAGAGAUUGUUCUCUUGCAAUAAAACAUAGUAAAUGCAAACCAGGGGAACAGAUAAAAACUCCAGGCACAAAGUCCUCAGAUACAGUUUGUGAGCCCUGUCUCUCAGGAUUUUACUCUCCUGAAGGUGUGAACUGUUCUAAAUGGACUGACUGUUCAGUCAAAAAUGAGAUUGAGGACCAAGAAGGCACUUCCAUUAAAGAUGUUCAAUGCAAACCAGGAAGGAACAGAUAUGGUCUCAUAGCAGCUUUUCUCAUAGACGCAGUUCUUUUACUGUCACUUAUAGUUUUAUAUUUCAGUCACAGACUAGGAAUCAGAUGUGAGUUGUGCUGGGGGUUUUUUUCUAUUUCAAACAACACAUCAAUUCAGUAUGUUAAGUGGAAAUCAUGGUAUCUGCUCAAAUAUCUAACAUAUCACUAUACUACAAUAUUCAUAACUAUUGUUAGUGUUUGUUUUACAUUAAUUCUUUGCACUAAUACACUCUUCAUUUUUGCAGGUUGCAGAACAUUAAAGAGUCCUGUAGCGGAAACAAAUCCUCACACUUCACAGUGUGUCCCAUCAACCAGUCAACCGAGUGAAAUUCAGAAAACAGACUCACCAGCUCUCCAUCCAGACUGUAACAAGGAACACAAGAUUUAUAAGAAUACAUGAGUUACUCCACAAGGAUUUUCUGUUUCUUACUGAACUACCAGCUCUAUGAAAGGGCAUGUUGUGAAUUCACCGAAGCAGACCAGGGGACUCUGAAGUAGUGUUCAGCAGGGAAUGUUUUACUGGAGAGAACACACUGCAGUGGUACUGUACUGGCCUUGAAGUGUUUAUUGGAAGAGGACAGAGCCGCUAUCUCCACUGAAUUUAAAACUGCUUUAACAUCUUUAGAGACAAAACUUGGUCUCGUCCAACGUACAGUAUCGGACCAUGGUCCACGAAUAACCUCACUGCGAAUUCAGUCGUUGGAAGCUGUAUGUGCCGAGCUAACUGAGAAGUAUGCUAAACUCAAGGCUUGAGUCAAGCGGACAUUUUUACGCUCUUAUUGACUUGGUGUUGUUGAAUUCGAUCUGAUCUCUCCCAUUGAGCAAGAUAUGUUAUAUGUUCUUCGUUGUUUAUAUGUAUUUUUGCUCUUUCUUCAGUGGUAUAAUUACUGUUUUUGAUUACAAUCUUUGUUAAUCCCAAGGUUCUUGUUCUUUUUGCACUCUCAUCUAUCAUAGUUUCCUUUAUGAUUAUUUUAUAGCUCAAAUGCUUACAGUGAAUGCUUACAUCUGCUCACAUGUUAAACCUACUAUUAAGAGUUUCAUAUUUCAUACCGAGGAUAUUUCAUUUUAGGGGACUGAGAGUAUAUAAGGUAAGGAGAAAUAAGGAAGUGGGUAAUACAUUUUGUUGUUUUUGGGGUUUGGUUGCUGUGGUAAUUUCUGAGUGGAGUGUUGAUUUUGGUGGGAGUUUUUUAGUUUCUUUUUUGUAAUUUUUUGUAUUUCCGAUCUUCAAUAAGUAGUCUCUGAUGUAUAUCUCAGUGAGUAGAGAUUUGAGAUUUUUGAGCUGGAAUGUUAGGGGCUUAAAUCAUCCGGUGAAGAGAAACAGAGUACUUGCUCAUCUCCGACAGCUGAAAGCAGAGGUUGUCUUUUUGCAAGAAACUCAUUUACGUAGAGUAGACCAAUCUCGCCUCAACCGUAGGUGGGACGGGCAGAUCUUUCAUUCCUCAUUUCAAGCAAAGGCAAGAGGUGUAGCUAUCUUGAUUGAUGAUAAUGUACCCUUUGCACCAAAUAAUAUUACGUCAGAUAAGAAUGGUCGCUAUAUAAUUGUUUCGGGCACUUUAUGCAAUGAGAAUAUAACUUUAGCUAAUUUGUAUGCCCCUAAUUUAGAUUAUGUCAGUUUCUGUAAACACGCUCUCUCUCUUUUUCCUGAUUUAAAUUCGCACUGUCUUGUACUUGGGGGAGACUUUAAUUGCUGUCUUCACCCAGUGUUGGACCACUCAUCGUUUAAGCAAUGGCCCCUGGCAAAUCCUUUAUUUACCUAAAUAGUUUCUGUUCUGAAUAUGGCCUAUCAGAUGUAUGGCGGUUUUUGAACCCCUAAAAAAGAAUUUUCUCUUUUUUCCAAGUGUUCAUCAUUCUUACUCUCAGAUUGAUUAUUUCAUCUUGGAUUAAGCUCUAAUUCCUAGAGUUCAAUCCUGCACAUAUCAAAGUAUUAUCAUAUCGGAUCAUGCCCCUCUUUUCCUUGACUUGAAUUUUUCAAACUUGCCUUCCCUCAGGAGAAAUUUGUAUUUCAAUAGUUCACUCUUGGUGGAUGAGACUUUUAUUUCCUUUGCUGCUGACCAGAUUUUCAAACUCAGUAGUGUGGGAGGCUCUUAAGCCAUAUUUGAGAGGCCAAACUACUUCAUAUGCCACUACUAAAAGAAAGCAUUCCAAAGAAAAGCAAACAUCUCUUACUAAUGAGAUUUCUAGGUUGGAUGAACAAUAUGCUAGAUCUCUCGUUCUGGACCUGUAAAAGAGACGUCUUAAAUUGAAGUCAGAGCUUGAUUUGCUUUCGACCAAUGAGAUAGAGGGUCUUUUAAGGAGAACCAGGAGUGUUUUUUUUUAUGGAAGUGGGGAGAAAUCUGGGAAAGUAUUGGCUAAUCAGUUGCGUCGGUUCCAGGCAAAACAAAUCAUAAGUGGUCUUCGUUUAGAUAAUGGGGCAAUCACAACUGAUCAAAGUACUAUUAAUGAUAAGUUUAUAGACUUUUAUUCUACUUUGUAUGCUUCUGACUCUUCUUUGCGGAGGAAUGUUGAAGAUUUUCUUGGUCGAUUGAAUGUCCCCAUCUUAUCAUCUGAUGUUCUUAUCCUUUUAGAAGUUUCAAUUUCUCUGGAGGAAGUGAAAGCUGCUAUUGCUUCUACAAUCUGGGAAAUCCCCGGGACUCGACGAUUUUGCGUUAGAGUUUUAUAAAAAAUUCUUGAUACAGCUCACCCCUUUUUUGAUGACUGUUUUUUCAGAGGCUUUUGAGAAAGGAACUCUUCCCCCAACUUUAAAUCAAGCAUGUAUCUCUUUUGUCAGGAACAGCUGGACAGUUCCCUGCCAGGCCCAGAGAGGGCGCUGGCAGGUGAACCUUGGAAGCGUGCUUCUUUGUGUGUCUUUUGUUAUGCCCUUCCUAUUGUUCCUAUCCUGAUUGUGUCACCUGUAUCCCAUUAGCCCUAAUGUCUACCCCUAUAAAUAGGGAUCCUUGUGUUUGUGUCCUUGUCCAUGAUUGUUAUCUGUACCGUGGUUUCUGUUGGGGUUUUGUUUCCUAGGUUCCAUGUCCAAGCUAAGGUCUAGGUUUUGUUUUUUUGUUUUGUUUAGUUUAGUUAACCACGCCAUGUAUUGUGUUACGUUUGUUUCCCUAUGUCGCGUCUUAAAUGUAAUAAAAGCAGUGCUUCGCUGAA